AUGGCGCCCGCAAAUAAACGGUUAGCCUCCACGAAACUCCACUUCAAGACGGCCGAGAACUACCGGGAGGACAACUCGAAAGGCAAGAUGCUCCGGUUUGAGGACUCUCUGCCCAGAUUGCCGGUUCCCACACUCGAGGAGACAUCCGCCCGCUACCUAAAGAGUCUACACCCACUUCUGACGAAAGAAGAGUUUGAGGCAUCCAAAAAGGCAGUGGAAGAGUUCAACAAGCCAGGCAGUCUCGGAGAGAAGCUGCAAGAAAGACUGGUGGCCAAAGCACAAGACCCCAACGUCAAGAACUGGCUGGCAGACUGGUGGAACGAGUCGGCAUACUUGGGUUACCGUGACCCAGUCGUCCCAUAUGUUUCUUAUUUCUACUCAUUUCGCGACGACCGACGUCGAAGAAACCCGGCGAAGCGAGCGGCUGCAAUCACCACGGCCGCGCUCGAGUUCAAGCGUCAGGUGGACACCAAAACCCUAGAACCCGAGUAUAUGCGCGGCAAGCCAAUGGCCAUGAGCAGUUAUGACUACAUGUUCAACACGUCCCGAGUUGCCGCCAUUCCCACCGACUAUCCCAUCCAAUACCCUGCUGAAGGCAACGAGCACAUUAUUGCUAUUCGGAAUAACCAGUUCUGGAAGAUCCAAACACACAUCAACGGAAAGCAACUCACCACUUCUGAGCUUGAGCAACAGUUCAACAAGGUCCUUCGUAACGCUCAACACGCCGAUCCCAUUGGCUCGAUCACCUCGUUCCCGCGUGAUCAGGGCGCCAAAGCGCGCGAAAACCUGCUCGCCGCAUCUCCUUUGAACGAGGCCGUGCUCAAGGAAAUUGAGGCUUCUUCAUUUGUUGUCUGUCUGGACACCACCACCCCAGUCACCCUGGAAGAGCGGGCACAUGUCUACUGGCACGGUGACGGCGCGAACCGAUGGUACGACAAGCCUCUGCAAUUCAUCAUCACCGACAACGGCACUGCGGGAUUUAUGGGCGAACACAGCAUGAUGGACGGCACCCCGACACACCGACUCUGCGACACGGUCAACGCAUACAUUGUGCACAACAAGCUCGAUUUUGACAACCCGAACGUCCGCUCCGACUUGCCGGACCCGACCCCUCUAAAGUUCGAGACUUCAGCGGCCGUUUUUGAGGAUCUGGCCAACGCCCAAGCUCAAUUCCGCCAAGUCAUUGCCGCGCAUGACCUGCGCGUCCAAGCGUACCAAGGCUACGGCAAAGGACUGAUCAAGAAAUUCAAGUGCUCGCCAGACGCGUACGUCCAGAUGGUGAUUCAACUGGCAUACCACAAAAUGUACGGCAAGAACCGACCAACGUACGAGUCAGCCGCUACGAGGAAAUAUCAACUCGGUCGCACCGAAACCACCCGCACGGUCUCGGACGAGUCGGUGGCUUUUUGUGAUGCUAUGGCCGACCCGUCUGUGUCAAGAGAGGAGUGCGAGCGUCUGUUCCGUGCCGCCGUCAAGGCUCAUGUUGAAUACACUGCCGCAGCAGGUGAAGGAUACGGCGUGGACCGACAUCUGUUCGGUUUGAAGAAGUUGAUCCAAGAGGGUGAAGAGGUGCCGGAACUCUACAAGGAUCCGGCCUACUCUUACUCGUCCACUUGGUAUAUUAGCUCUAGCCAGUUGAGUUCGGAGUAUUUCAACGGCUAUGGCUGGAGUCAGGUGGUUGAUCAGGGGUGGGGGAUUGCUUAUAUGAUUAAUGAAAACAGUCUACAAUUCAACGUCGUCUCCAAGAAGCUCGGCUGCGAGAGAAUGAGCUUCUUCCUCAACGAGGCGGCCAACGACAUUCGCGACAUGUUGCUUCCUUCGCUGGAGUCCGGGGCGGCCAAGGCGGAGGCGCCGAAAGCGAAGUUGUAA